AUGGUUGCCGCGACGAAACUCGAACAAGAAAAUCACCAGCGUGAUGCUGAUUUCUCCAAGGCUAUGCACGGCCAAGUCAAUGAAACUGGCUAUUUUGCUGGUUUCAUGGGCAAGGAUAAAGCAGCUUCCGCCGAAGCUGCUAAGGAGUACUUCAAACACUGGGACGGGUUCGAAGACGGUAAUGAAACCGAAGAGGAGAAGCAGAAGCGAUUGGCUGAAUAUGCUACCCUCACGCGUCACUACUACAAUCUUGCAACCGAUCUCUACGAAAAUGGUUGGGGCCAAUCUUUUCACUUCUGUAGAUUCUAUCCCGGCGAGGCUUUCAACCAGGCCAUCGCCCGUCAUGAGCAUUUCUUAGCUUUGAAAAUGGGUAUCAAGCCCGGAAUGCACGUUCUCGACGUCGGCUGUGGGGUUGGUGGCCCAGCACGUGAGAUCGCACGUUUUAGUGACUGCAAAAUCACUGGUCUCAACAACAAUGAUUAUCAGAUUGCAAGGGCAACAAUGUAUGCGCAUAAAGCUGGUCUUAGCAACCAAUUGAGAUUUGCCAAGGGGGAUUUCAUGCAAAUGUCAUUUGAAGAGAACUCUUUUGAUGCUGUUUACGCUAUCGAAGCAACCGUCCAUGCCCCAAGCCUUGCCGGGGUUUACGGACAAAUUUUCAAAGUCCUCAAACCCGGUGGUGUAUUCGGAGUCUAUGAAUGGCUCAUGACCGAAAACUAUGAUGAUUCCGACGCAGACCACAGGAGGAUCCGCAGAGGCAUCGAAUUGGGUGAUGGAAUCGCUCAAAUGGUCCGGAUCGAGGAGUGUAUCAAGGCACUAAAAACUGUUGGCUUUGAAAUCGAAUACCAAGAGGAUCUAGCUGAUCGUCCUGACCCUAUCCCAUGGUACUACCCGCUUGCUGGUAACAUGAAGUACUGCGCUAGUCUUUCAGAUAUCUUCACUAUCGGUAGAAUGACAUGGGUUGGCCGAACUCUUGCCCACUACUUGGUCGGUGCCCUUGAGACCGUCGGGGUCGCGCCACAAGGUGCUAGAAAGGCUGCCGACUCCCUUGCGACAGCAGCGGAUGCCCUAGUCGAAGGCGGUGAAAAGAAGCUAUUCACACCUAUGUAUCUUGCUGUUGCAAGAAAGCCCGCCAACCCGUAG